GUUCAAUACGUAGAAUGUUGACUUUCUGUGUACUUCUUUCUGUAUUAUUGGUACAAGCAGUGCCCGAAAAGUUAAUACUGGAACGAGUGGUCGUCCUAAGCAGGCAUAACGUGCGUUCACCAUUAUCGCAACAUCUGGCUGAAAUCACACCACGACCAUGGCCUCAUUGGGACGAAAAAAGCGGCUAUUUGACACCAAAAGGAGUAUACCUGGAAGGUUUGAUGGGCGAUUUUUUUUCUAAAUGGCUGCAGAACGAAGGUCUUCUGCCACAAGGAUGUCCGGAAAAAGAUGAUGUGUUUGUCUAUGCCAAUUCAAAACAGAGGACCAAGGUUACAGCAAGAGCUUUUGUUUUGAAAGCUUUCCCAGGAUGCAAUAUAACUGUUCAUAUUGGUGAUAAAAGUGAUCCAGUAUUUUCGCCAUUUGUUCAUAACAAUACAGACACAUUUAAGAAAGAAGUUUUAGAAAAAAUGCAGGAAGUACUUGAUUCGCUACAUUUAAAUUCUUCAUAUGAAUUAUUAGAAAAUAUUCUUGAUUAUAAAGAUUCAGAUAUGUGUAAAACAAAACUUAAAUGUGACUUGGAGAUGGAUAUGAAUAAAAUAAAUGAGAUUACGGCAGGAGAGAAACCAACAGUAACUGGUCCGUUGAAGAUAUGUAAUACGGCUAUAGAUGCCUUUAAAAUGGAGUAUUACAACGGGUUUUCUGUACCCGAUGUAGCUUGGGGCGAGUUAAACAACACAAGAUGGGAGACACUCUCGAAACUAAUGGAAGGAUACCAUAAUGUCAUAUUUAACUCUACAAUCCUAGCGAAAGACAUCGCUUUACCUCUUAUAAAGUACAUGAAGGAUAUCUUCAUUAAUAAAGACACAAAAUUCACUUUAUUAAUGGGACAUGAUGCUAAUAUAUUAACAUUUGUAACUGGUAUGAGAUUUAAGCCUUACAUAUUGCCAAAUCAGUAUGAAAAGGCGCCUAUAGGGGGAAAGAUUGUGUUCCAAAAGUGGUUAAAUGGAAACGGAGAGUAUUUCUUAAGUAUUCACUAUGUUUAUGCUUCAACAAGUCAGUUGAGGCUCGGUUCAAAACUGAGUUUGAUGAAACCUCCUCAGUUUAAAGUUUUGGAAUUGCAAGACUGCCCGGUUAACAACGAAGGUUUUUGCCCGUGGGAGACUUUUGAAAAGUUAUUAAGAGAUUUUUAAUUUUUAUG